AUGACCCGGCUGCUCCUGGUGCUCUGGGCAUCGCUGGUAUCUGUGGAGCUCUUUGGAGGUGUGAUGGCCAAGGUGGUACCAGCAGGAAACCUGAGCUGCUUCCAGUGCUUCAAGGUUCCCAAGGCCAGCCAGUGUCAGCCCAUAAAGUGUCAGCCCAGCGAAAAAGUCUGCGUGAGCAACGAGGUUCUCCUUUACACGAGUACAAAGAGCAGAGUUCAGAUCAGCAAGCGCUGUGCCACCACUUGUCCAAACUCCAACCAUUUCUUCGAGUGGACAUUGAGCAAUAUUCAGGCCAGGAUCACCAGAAAAUGCUGUUCAGGGGAUCGCUGCAACAGAGCUCCUGAGAGUUGGAAGGGGUUCGGGGCCUUGACAGGGAGGCUCCUGUUGCCAAUGGGUCUGGGCCUCUUCUGUACCCUGUUGUAA